AUGACUCCUCUAGGACCGAAAAUCCGGCAUGUUCUGGGAUAUCCGUUCCGUAAGAUUGUCCGCACGUUGCGGGCGGCUGGCGCCAGCGUUGGACGCAAGGUGACGUCAUGGACGUCGGGUUUCAUUUGGAAAAGGCGCUGGACGGCGCUCGUCGCCGAGACGGUCGCACAGAUGAAGAAGGAAAGGAAACAGGAGAAGGAAGAGCGACAGGGCUGCGCCGCGGUAGCCCCCUUUGUAACGAAUCCUCACGCGCUGCCGACGUCGCUGGGGGCACUUUCGGCGGAGAUGUUGGACGCGCUGACCGGGCUGUUCCCGCCUCAGCAACCUGUCGAGAUGAAGUCGAAAGUGACAGGCUCCUCCAUCACAGUCAGGUUCUUGGAAACUGUGGGUGUCUCUUCGUACGGAAGCGUUUUGAUCAGAUGCCAGAGCUCCGCCGAAGCGGAAGAAUGCUCUCUUGAGGCGUUCCCCGUUACAAAUCCUUCAUUGCGCUCGAGUGCAACCGUCAGGAGGCAGUAUCUAAGAGCAAUGAAGCAACUCAAAACUGCGUCAGGGCCCUCACAGGUCGGCAUCCCCCGAGAUCUUCUCGUGCUGAAAAGCGCCCGAGGCAGCUGGUGUCCUCAACGUCCUAGGGAUGCCUUUGCGUUUCCGAAUGUGUUCUUCAAGCGGUCUCUCCAGGCUGAAAAGCUCCGAGAAGUUCUGACGCACAUGGCAGCCGCCACAGACCCCGGGGGGCAACGGACGGCGCAUGACGCUCGAGUCUCCCUGACGAAGCAAGUGCACAAGGGUGUAUCGCUCGCUUCCCCAACUCUGUGUCGACACGGAAACAUCAACAUUGACAGCAUCUUUGUCACGGUCGAUGGCAUUGUGCACCUGCAACCGCCCGUUGCAGAGUGUCCGUCGCCUGAACAGUCCUCCGUUGCAGCAGAUCGUCAUGAAAGCACUGCAGAGGCCGCGGCGGAAGAAACUGACCAAGACAGAGAAAUACUAGCGCCCGCGGAGGAACCCAUCAGCGACGACCUUGCGCUCGCCAUUGUCUUUACGCAUAUUUGGUGUCCCCUCCGGAACUUCGAAGAUGUUGCCUACGAACUGACGUUACUCAAUCGUUUCGAACGCGAGGUCCCAGAAGAGUUCUUCGAACGAUGUGCUUCGCCGCCAGAUGCUAUCGAAGUCUUGAUCGCGAUGUUGGCUUUGUGA